CAACAGGGGAAUAAACACUUCUAGUGCAGGAUCAAAUGUUACCCAAUGGGACACCAGUGGAGACAUCAAGUCCUGCUUCUUCCUCGUCUCUCCUUAAUAGGUUACAACUGGAUGAUGAGCUGGAUGGUGAAACCAAGGAUCUCUUUGUUACAGUCGAUGACCCAAAGAAACACGUGUCUGCAAUGGAGACUUACAUUACCUACAGAGUUAGCACAAAAACCACCAGAAAUGAGUUUGAUUUACCAGAGUACACAGUUCGACGUAGAUACCAAGAUUUUGAUUGGUUGAGGACUAAACUGGAAGAAUCGCAGCCGACUCAUCUUAUUCCACCUCUUCCAGAAAAGUUUGUAGUGAAGGGAGUGGUGGAUCGCUUUUCCGAAGACUUUGUGGAAACUAGAAGGAAAGCACUAGACAAGUUUCUGAAAAGAAUCGCAGAUCAUCCAGUUCUUUCCUUCAAUGACCACUUCAACGUUUUUCUAACGGUAAAGGAUCUGAAUCCUUAUAAAAAGCAAGGCCUAGCUUUUAUUACCAAGAUGGGUGAAUCUGUGAAAUAUGUUACUGGAGGUUACAAGCUAAGAAGUCGGCCUGUUGAGUUUGCUGCUAUGGGGGAUUACUUGGACAUGUUUUCUCAGAAGUUGGGGACAAUUGACCGAAUUGCCCAGAGGAUAGUCAAAGAACAAGCAGAAUAUUUAGUGGAGCUUAGAGAAUAUGGGCCCAUUUAUUCCUCCUGGUCUGCUAUAGAAGAAGAACUAAACAAGCCCCUCAAUGGGGUAUCAAACUGUGUUGGCAGCAACUGCAUUGCCCUGGAAGAUCUGUCUGAGGACAUGUCUGAUGACUUUCUUCCUGUCCUUCGAGAAUAUGUACUCUAUAUAGAAUCAAUGAAGAAUGUGCUUAGGAAAAGAGAUCAAGUGCAAGCUGAAUAUGAGGCCAAACUUGAAACUGCUGCUUACAAGAAAGAAGAGAAGCAGGGAACGCCAACAAGUGUUGAAAAGUGCCAGGACCGUGUGGAAUGCUUCAAUGCUGAUCUGAAGGCAGACUGGGAUCGGUGGCAAAGCAACAAGAGACAGGACUUUCGACAGCUGUUGAUGGGAAUGGCUGACAAGAACAUCCAGUAUUAUGAGAAGUGUCUUGCAGCAUGGGAGUCUGUUAUUCCACUCUUACAAGAGAAGCCGGAAGUUACAAGUGAAGGCCACUCAUAGCUUCUGCUUUCAUGUUGCCCACUGGCUCUUUUCCUCUUCACUUGCCCAGUUCAGAGUACUGGAAUAUUGCACUUUGGGGGAGUUGGGAGUAAACAACAUAGACAAUUUUAUAUAUAGCUGUACAUCAAUUGCACAUUGUGCAAGGACACUAAUUGUCUGCAGAAGGUGUGCUCUCUUCAGUGAAGGAUUUGUUUGUUUCAUCCACGUGUUGUCUAACAGCUCACUUUCAGCAGUCGGAGUACUGGCCACUUAAUUGUGAAGGAUACAAAGGCACUCUUUUUUUUUUUUCUUUUUGCCUGAUUGACAUGGUUGAUUGUGCUCCUCCAUGUGUUGUAGUUUUUUAAAGUUGUUACACCUAAACAGUCUUUGACACUUUUCAAACUACUUUUGAUAGAUGCCUUGAAGCAUCCUAUUUAACCAAUUGCGUGCACUUGGAUGUGGAGGAGUUUUUCACUUGAGGGGUUUCGUGAGAUUGGAGCAAGCCUGUAUAGAAAAAAGCUUUAAGCAUUAAUUUAGUGAUUGAAGAUGUUAAUGCCUCAGACAAAAGGGAAGGAAAUGAAGCAUACUUGACAUGUAAAUUCCUUAUUUAAAUCUUUCUAGUAGUCACACUCAAUAUUUUGAAGUCUUUGUUCCCUUGUGCACGUUGGAGACCAUGGUAUCAGAGUGCUAAAUAAUCCAGAGUCCGUUGCAGCACCGUAUUGGUGAAGGCUUUUCUGACCAGCAUUAAUUGAACAUUGACAGCAUUCCUUUUUUAAAAAAUCACUGAAUCAAUUUGUAGAGUACUGUAUCCUCCAUUCAUCAUGAAACCAUUGUCUAGUUUGUGUAUUUUCCUAUUCCUGAAUUUUGCCAAUUUUUAUUUUUACUUUUUGUACAAUUUGACAUCCUUGAUGUACUAUCUAUAUAGUGUUUAGUCUGUAAAAAUGAAGUCAGUUUAUAAAAUCAUGCCCUUUGAUAAAUGCUUUCAGGGCAAGGUAAGAGGCGACCUGAUCACCCUGUCCUUGUUGAGACCUGUGUGUGAGAAUUAAGUGAGUAUUCCCAGAUAUUUAGUUAAAAAGGACGAGAUAUUAGGUAUCAGAUCACCCAGGGAACAAACAAUAACUGAAUUGAGUGUAUACAAAGUGCCUUUGUUGCAUGAAAUAUUUUGUAUAAGCUAAUUUAUUUACUUUUGAGCAACCCUAGCUGCUUUGUUUCUGUGACUACAAUACACUAAACUCUUGAAAAUAGGGAAAGUUGCAUGGUUAUAUUGAUGCUUUCGUGCCUGCUGUAGGAGGUUUAGUUUAUUUUUUUUCCUGUAAGCCUUUUGAGUAUAAUAUCUUUAAAAGAACAAGCAAGUUACUAAACAAUUUUUUAAAAUCCUUGAUUUUGCUCUUGGUGACAUCAAGCAGAAUUAAGACGAGUGGUAGAUUUGGGUAGUGGGGGGGAGCUCAUAUUUGAUCAUGCCCCUGAUGUAAUUGUGCACUCAUUUUAUUCAGAAGACUAAAUAGGCAUCUGAAGCUCUAGCUUGGUUAGCUGCAUUUUGUAGAAGUUGCUUUCUACCAUAGACCUGGAAGUAGAAUUGUUGAAAACUUAGUCCACAAAAUUAAAGCUAACCAAAAAGAUAAUUUAAAGUAUUCUUUCUGCCCUGGCAACUUCUAAAAUGGAUGGAGCUGAGACAUGUUUUUCUUUGAACAGUUCAGUGCAUUAAACUGAAUGCUGAAGUGAUGGGGACUUUCUUUUUGUGUUGAUAUCAUUUAAUGGGUUUGUCAAUUUAUCAGCCCAAUUUAAAUUGAAAUGUUUCUACUUGGUGAAUUUUAUUUAAAACUGCAUGAAUUCUUCCAAUUCCAUGCAUAAGUUCUCCUGUCCAAAACACUCCACCAGCCUGUCCACCAUCACCACAAACCUUUUGUAAGAGUUGGCUGGGGAGAAAAGUUGCUUCAAAAGCAUCAGUUAACAUUCAUGACUUCAGGGAAAUUUUUUUAUUCAGAUGAGCAACGUCAUUGCUGUCAGGGUAACUGUUUUGGUGGCAUGUUUGUAAAUCACAAGAUGUAUUAAUCUGGUUUUAAAAAAAUACUUCUUCUGAACCUGAAAAUGGGUUACCCUGUAUUACGUGGUGUAAUUUUACUUUGUGCCAAAACUUUAAUGCAUUUUCACAAGGAAGUUAGGAAUAUUCUGAAGAUGCCUGGGUAGGCAGUGAUCAAGCAAAAACAGCCUUUCAGCAAGUUAGCAUGGAGCAAAUAAAACACUGGAAGCCAUUUGAAAUGGCAUAAGCAGUAUGGACAAGUAGCAUUGCAUGUGGUGCUUUGAAAUAUUCAUUCUCAUUGGUUUUGUCUGCUGCUAACUUCUGGAAUGUGCUAGGGUUGUAAUAAAACUGUAUUGCCCUAAGUUACUACUGGGGUUGCAAAGGUACAUUUUUUGUCCAUCAAAGAACAAAUUCUAGUGCAGUGUUCAAUACUGACAAGCUUGCAUAGUGUGCAGUUCACUAACUCAUGGCAUGGCUUGGCUUGUUGGCACAAAUGGUGAGGAGAAGGUCUUGUUUCAUGGUAUUAAAAUGUACCUAUGCAUUCAAAGAGCUCUAAUAUUCUGGAUCAUUACAGUUUUUUUAUAACAAUUGCUAGAAAUUAGGCAUUCAAUAUUUUGUUUAACUGCAUCUAUAUUGAAGCUUCUAAUUGAUCUUCGGUUAAUUGAAGUGAUUAAUGAUCCUCUUUUUGUUGAGGAUACGUGGAUUUGCUUACUGUGAAUUAUAAAGCAUGAAGCUUUGAAAUAAAUCAUUGAAGGAGUUAAAACUUAGUAAAAUCAGUGUGGAUUAUGGAAUAUUGUACUCUUUCCCUAACAGAAGUUUGGUGCUAUGCUAAUGCCAACAGUUCUUGUCAUCCAACUUGUACCUGUGGAGUUUUUGAACAAUAUUGAAUAAACACUUGAGUAUACUGUUUGCAUUCAAAAUUUGUACUGUUGUUGUUGUUCAGAGCAGAAUCAGAAGGGAUUUAAACUAACUUUAGAUGCAUAGGCACUAAUUCAGUCCAUCUUGUGGACUGUUGUGAAUUUUAAAGCAGGGUGAAACUUAAGACCUCAGCUCUUAUGAAUGAUUAAAGCAGCCAGCAAAUUGACCCUUGUGAAUGAGGAUCAAUUGCCCAAUACCAACAGGAGCAUUCGCAAUCACGGAGUCACUUGUAUAAUUCUCAGAUUAUUCUAUAAUGUAUAUUUCCAAAUUUAUUUUGGGGGUUUGGGAUUGGUGUGCAAUGGUGCAAAUCUAGGUAUAGGUGUUCAAUGGUUGCAUUGCAUAUCUUUUAAGCUGUUCCAACUCUAUUUGAAAGGAACAUCUUUAUCUAUGGAUUUAGGAUAUCCCUCUAUUAGGCUCCUACUAACUGGUUUUUUGUAAAAUUCAAUCUUGAUGUGGGUGCUUCCCAUAACCAAACCUUAAGUUGAAUGGGCCAUUCAGUCAAUGACACUACGUGUCAAGAGUCACAUGUAUGGUACACCAGAUAAAUUCCCUUCAGUAAGGGAAAUGAGUAAGCCAAUGGAUUUUGACAAGAAUUGAUAGUUUGUUUACUGAAUUCAAUUUCUUAUCUUAAAACUAAAUUCCAUCAGCAACUGUGUUGGUAUUUCAGCCAUUGCCCUCAGGAUUGUUUUUGUCUUUCGGUUACCCAGUCCAGUAACCUCGCCACUGUCACUAUCAAACUUGUGUUCUCUUUCCAGACAGUGCUACUGUAGUCCCUCUGCUCAUUUAUCUGUCUAAUAGAACCUGCUGCUGGUCAAUUUUCUCCUGUGCAGAAAAGUGUUACUUAAAAUUAAUCUGCACAGAACUUUGUGUUGUCUACAACUGUCAAAGUUGGUGACUGGUUGUCAUUGAGGAAGUUGAUUAUUAUUCAGAAAUUACCGACAAAGUGAAUUGUUGCUAAUGCUUUUAAUCUUGCAUUCAUUGUCAAAAAUAGCAAAUGUAAAACUCUUGACUAACUUGCCAAUUUAUUGCUUAUGGUUGUCAAUCAACACUUAAGUUAUGUACAGGUGGUUAUGUAUUAACAUGGUUUUAACGAUUGGCAAAUUGUUUCUAAAGUGCAAACUUUUUAAAACAUUUGUUUGAGACAUGAUUACAUCGCCAACACUUAAGUGCUGUUUCUGAAGUGUGAUACUUUUUUCCUCUAAUGCACAGUCGCACAAGAAUGCAACCAUCAUAUCUUAGAAGAACUACAUUGCAACAAUUUGAUCAUCAAAUCAGCAUGUCCCUUCAGUAUGUGCUGGGCAAAGUACAGAUCAACCAAUCAACUUGCAAAAUUCAAAACUAAAUGUCUGCUUUCUGUGACUUAAGAAUGGGUAGCACUUGAACAAUCCUGAGUAAGCUAAUAGUUGCACUAUCAAUUGAGCUCAUUUACACUUGCUCGAAGUGACAUAUACACAAGCAUCCAUUGUCUGCAAACAAAUUGUGUAUCAGUUUUUUUCAUUGAAUUACUUAUGAACUUGAAGUUUCCAUUGCUUUCUCCAUGGCAAUUUGUCUUGUGUGCAGAGUCGACUUGCCAACCAAAUAACCACGUUAUAAACUGUCCUUUCCUCCUUUUGAUUGGAACAAGUGUGUUUAUUUAAACUCGAAAGAUGGACUUCCUAAUCCAAUAUAUGAAUUGAACUCUGCAACGGUUGUAAGGAAUUAGUCAGAUGUUAUAAACUCAACAGGAAACAAAGCAAGGCAUGUCAAGUUUAUUGUUCUGAAAUCAAUUUGGGUAAAAACGUCCGGUUAAUAAAGCUCCUGAAAACAACAAAAGCACUCGAUCAGCACACACAUCAACCACUUAAAGUAGGUAGGUUUGACCAAAUAUGAAGCUGGGGGUGAGGAGGGGAAGAAAGCAGAAAAGUUCAGUUUGUGGCUAAUGGUUUGUUCCAGUUGCAGGAUUUGUAAACUUCUGGCUACAAGAUUCAUGUCUUGUUUUCCUUCUGGUAGCAUUACUAUGGAAACUGAAGCUUUCCUGUAGAAUUAUACCUGCUUUUGGAGAUGUAAACAUUGAAAGCUCAUCAGCCCACAGCUUGACUUUGAGUGGAGAGUCAGACAGUGAGCAGCUUUCCGUCACUUAUUUUGCUUCUGCUGGUCCCAAUAUUUCAAUAAAACUAUUGGUCUCAGUCUGAUAGUUAGAAGUUAUAACCCAACCCCCCCUUCCCCAAAUGUUGCAAAAGGUGGCUUUGAUUAACUCCCUUCUGCACAGUUUAUCCUAUCCAUGGUUUUAUGUCCCAACACAAUCUCCAAUAUAGUGGUUUUAUUUUCAUCUCCUGUUUCUAACUGAAUUUCAGUUGCUGACUUGAUGCUGCUUUUAGUAGUAUAGGAAGUGGUCUUCUGCAUCUCUGAUUUAUUGUCUCAGUUGAAGUCUGUUUUUUGGAGACAGGAUCUAUGCAAUGUUGCAAGUUGGCAAUUGUCAUAAGUUAGUAUCCC